CCUCCCUGUAGAUCUAGACGUGUUUGCAAACUGGAAACUGUCGUUAGAAACGCUGGAAGGAAGGGAGCGCCAUGCGGAGACGGCAGCAGGGGAGGUUUUCAUAAAAGGUUGUGCAACAUAAUCCAUCGCGGCACUGCAUUUGAUGCAAGCUCCGAGAGAAAGGACCCCCCAAACUUGACUGGUGUGGAGCUGAGAGCUGAAAUAAGAGGCUUUAGGAGACUCGUGGUGUGGUGUGGUCAGCUCAACGUCACCGCGUUUGUGCGUUUUUCUUUUUACGCGCAAAGCUGCAAGAGGAAAAACUUCAGCAGACAUUCCUGCACUAUAUCUUUUUUUUAAUCACUUUCUGCUUUGCUCAGAUAGACGGUGAUUUAUCCAGAGAGCUGCUGGAUCUUAAGCCUUUAACAGUUUCUUACCAAAUAUAGCCACUGUUAAUGCUGGAGUGUCCUUGACGGAGCUGAGCGGUCCUAAAUUAGACAUUUGCAGCACUGCCAAAGUUUAUAAUUAAAUUUUCACAUCAUUUUGAGGCGUUAGGGUGUUUUUUUAACUAGCACAUUUUGUCUGAUUUGCAGUUUGGACCAAUAGGAAUCAGCCUGUGUUGUUUUUGGAAGCUGCGCGGCUGUAAACAUAAUUUCCUGCCUAUUGUGAACUGCAGCGUGUUGGCUUAAAAACGCUCUAUAGCCGAUGACUGCUCUCAACAGAAGCCAUUUUUCUUUGAUUUACAGUCACUGAACGCGAGCUGCUCAACCCUCCCAUCUGGGCUGCAGCUUUAACCUGUGUACAGAUAUUUUUUUUUAGCACACUGAUCUCAAAUUCCCAACAAUGGGUUUUUGUGCGUCUGGCUCUGGGCGCGGUGGAUGUGCCAUGGCUCGGUUUUUCCUCACCAGCCUUGUGUUGGUGCUGGCGUUGGCGGUGGGUUUGGCUGGAGCCGAAGCUGAAGCUAAGCAGGCCAAGCCGACUGGGGAGAACCCACCGGCGGUCACCCUCCGGACUCUGAUCACCGGAACCUGCUCGGAGAUCCAGCGGUACGCGGAGUCAGUGGUGGGAAGCGGUGUGAUCCGGUCAGCUGCUGAGAGUGCAGUGUUGUUUCUUGAGUCAAUGCUUGGUCAGGAGAACGUCUAUACAGUGGCCAUGUUUUUUGAGAUGGUGAUCCGAUUCCUCGCUGAAGGAGCUGCCAGCGGCCUGAACGUCAUCGCUGUUUACGUCACAGAGAUUCUCAGGGUCACAGGAUUCGAUGUUGCACACAGAUUGCCCCGCUUCACUCCAGAAGGCGUGACCGCCAUCGCCCAGUGGGGUCUGGUGGCUCUCAUUGGCUACUGGGUGCUGACCAUCAUUCUCCGUCUGUUGAUUGGCGUGUUGAGGCGGGUGUUCUGGGUUGUGAAAACCGUCUUGGCGCUCUGGCUUUUCGGACUCAUCGUGACUGACAAGCAUGCCACGGCGGACAUCACGGCAGUUCGACUGGGAGGCCUGGUGCUGGGAUGCGUCGUGUUGACUCUGCUCACUUCCUGCUCCGAGAAUGCUUGUGCAGUGGAGCACCGGCUGAGCUCCCUCGAGGGUCGGGUGAAGGCAGUAGAGAAGAGGAAAGGGGAGUAGUGGCCGCAGAUGGGUGGAGGGAAAGGAGUUAAGAUGGACAAAGGUGAUGGUAAUGUUGGAUAAGAAAACAGAAGCAUUGACGGUUUCUAUGUGUGUGUCAAUCUGUUAUGGGAAAUAAAGUAAUCUCUGGGAUUUUUAAUCAGAAA